GUUCUAUCGUGUAGUUUUGAUUGAAUUUACGUUGUUUGUGAGGGAACAAGUUGUAGAUGUUGUAUGUUACCUGUCGCAGGACAGUAACAGAACUUGAAGACAAUCUUUUAAUUCGUCGAAAUCAAAUAUAAGUAUUGGGUACAGAAAAAUAGUUGGUGAAAUUUAUAAAUUAAAACAGCGGAGAUACUGAAAGCAUCCACCAUGGAUGCUUCAACCAAAUUCUAUAGCUUGCAGCUGCCCGGAACCUCUUUGACAAAGAUUCCUCUCGGCAAUACUGUGGAAGUGAAGCGAGAUCCUGGUGCUGGAAUAACUAUCUUCGUGCGUAACAAUCGUGUGCUGCUGAUCUACCAACAGACAAACGGAAGUUGGUCCGAGGUGCACAAGGAUGAAGAUUUCUUCUCUGUGUCGGCCGACGAUGUCAACUAUCCUUGGGCGGUAUAUAAAGGAGGUUUGUUGGCGGUACGCAAAACGGAAGGGAUCGUCGUGUAUAAAUGGGACAAAACUAAGCUGAACCAGCUGCUUUCGGCUCCAAAGUAUCACGACGAGUAUGGAUACAAUUUGCAGAACAAUACGAUCGCUUUCGGAAUGAUAUAUCCAUCUGAGAAGUACAUCGGAGUUGUUUCGCGCUUGGGCUCCAGCGUCGAGUUUGGUUCCAUCAAUCCGAGUGAACCGAGUAAAGCUGUUCGUACGCUAAAAAAGCAUCUCAAUCUGGAUCAGACAUGGAAGAUUCCGUAUAGCAAGAUAUCGUUGGUGGAAAGAUAUGACAACAGCACACAGUUAUCGAUAGCAUUGCGAACCACCUCAGAGCUAAAGCUGUUUCGGUUUGACCAGAAGUAUGAAUUGAAGCAACUGGCAACUGUGAGUGAUUUUCGGCCGCCGGACAACGAGUAUGAUCGGAUCAUGUUCGCAAAGUUUGACAAUGGAGGGAUACACGAUCUGCUGCUCUUUGCAUCCCAAGGGUUGACUAUGUAUCGUCUGAAUGAAGAAACUGGACGCUUCCAGAAGGUCUACUAUUCGACGGCAUUCUCCAAAUUACGUGGCUGGAACAAGCGCACUAUUGACACGAUCGCGACGAUAGACAUCGAUGGUGACAAUCUUGACGAACUGAUUGCCUCCGGACCAAAGGGAUUGUGCGUAUAUCGCCCGGUAUUUACCGAAAAUGGUGGGUUCGACCUGGUUAACAUUUUCGAUGAUACAAUCGAGGAUCAUGUAGUGCGUUACGGGCAUCCGAUGUUGACGAUGAAGACAGCGGAUAAGGUUGCCUCCAAUAUUCUGCUGUUUACUGGAGAGAAUCUCCUCGAAGUGCGUACGAAACCGUUUACACCCGAAUCGUUCGAUAUUCCGUCCGCCCCGCCGAGUAUUGCACAACCGAAACUCGAAGUACCGUUGCUGGUCCCGCAGAAGAAAUACAUCGUUUGGUUGCACGAUCAGCUUGAUCUAAACAGCAUGUUGCAACCUUUAAACCCACACGCGGGCACAGUGGAGCUGAGCAUUCCGUUGAUCGAGUUGCCCAACGCAUUCGGGGUGAGCGUGCGCAAGUACUUGCAGUACAAAAACAUUCCAUUUGAAAGCUUUUUCGGACGUGGAUGGUCCCUACCGCUAGAUUAUAUCAGUGUGGAACGGAAGAACAGUGGCUUCCUGCAAGAUCACGACUAUGCGAUACUGAAAAACAACAAUCGAAUCAUCCUGAAGCGACAGCCCGCCUGGGACUCCAUUAAACAUUGGGCUUUCAUCAUCGAAGGAUACAAGCAGGCUAGGGUCAAGUACUAUCCGGACGCGGAGCGCUGGGAAUUGACGAUGGAAGAUCGCACCUUCGUCUACGGCACAUGGGACAAAUUGAGCAAAAAGCGUGAAGAGAGCGUCUGCGCAGCCUGGCCACUUUGCACCACCACGAAGUCGAAAAAUUCGCAAACUUUGCCUUCGCGUUGGUAUUUGGUGCACGAGGAGAGCAAGUAUGGCCCUUACGCUAACUACUACUACGACACUUUCGUGCAAGGAAAAGGUGAUCGUUUGGAACGCAUUGAGUUGGACAGCGGAUCUAGCGUAAGCUUGAAGUAUUCGCAAUCGAAUCAGUUGUCAAGCUUCACAGUAAAUACGACAUGUUACGAGCAGAAUGUGUCGUUCGAGUAUACGGACAAUUCGCUUACGCACAUCAAACAAGAGGAUCGCACGUUGUUCCGGUUCGAGUACAAAGAUAAGCGCAUGUCUAAGAUCGUUUAUCCGAAUCAGCUCGAGUCGUCAUUGGAGUACAGUGACAUGGAGAUUGAUCGCACACGGUUUGAAGAGGUGGUGCCGGUCGAUUUAAGUCCGACGAUGUACUACGGACCGGACUAUACCGUUAUUUUGGACAAGGAGUACGAGGACGAUCGUGUGGUGAUCAGCAUCCGGAACCUGCUCGGCGGAACGGAGGGGUCGAAAGUUACCAAAGGGAAGCUGCACUUUGGCCAACCCGGUAUAAAAAGCCACACGAUACACGCGUUAGAAGAUAUGCUGGUGGUAGUGCUGAUCUACGGCUCCCGGAAGGAGGUAACGAUUCUUCAGUUCACCAACAACGCGUGGAUCGAAAAGGAGUAUCAUCUCGACCUACCGCUGGACGCUGUCAUAAGUGUGGGAAAAAAGUUCGUUGUUAUGUACGAUCUGAAAACCGUUCGCGUUUUAACCAUUGGCCUGGAUGGAAAGCUGACCAGCACGAUGGUUAAAAAAACAGUUCCCUCGAACUUUUUGAUACACACGUUUGCGAACGGUUUCGUGAUGUACGAUACGUACAUUGAUGUUUGGACGAUGGGGAUUAAGAAUCAGUGGCAAAGUGGCUACACGUCCACACCUACGGACGUCUUUGCCGACAUCACGAAGGUACUGAAUGUGUUUGAGUUGGAUUCGGAGUUUCGCACCGCUCUGCGCAGAGGGUUUCUAGCGGAUGCCGUCACGGUGUACCAGAACGCGAUCGUUAUACGUGUGCCGGCGCUUGUUGACAAAAAAUUGGAGUUGAAGGUAUAUUUUGUGGUCAUGUCGUUUGAGAAGGGAGCUAAACGCAUAUCGGAGCAAUCGGUGCAGAUUCCUAUAGCGAAUUUUGCAACGUACGAGUACGACCUGCCUACCAAAGACGGCGAUGUCUUCAAACUAAUCUAUGAAGAGAAGAACAAAAAACUGAUCUUGAAGAUGAAAAGCUUCAAGGGACCGAUGUACAAUUCGCUGAUGGAACAAAAAGAAAAGUCAUACAAACAGAUUGACGACAGCAAAGAGAAUGCUUCGAAGAAAACCCAAUACAAGAAGGAGGUGGACGAUAAAAUCGCUGAGGAGGUGGACAACAUAAGUCGCACCGUUGUUAGCAAGGUGCAGUUCGCGAUGGAUCUGUCGCAGUUUGGUGUGCUUACCAACCAGCACGGAAUCGUGACGGGGAACACGCAGCUAUCCUUCGAUGGUGAAACCUGGCAGCAGCAAUCCGUCAGUCCGGAAACGAUGCGCAUGGAGACGGUUAACCAGUGGCUUGGCGAAGGGUUCAAGCUCGUCAAGAACAAUCACGAGGACACGUUCCGGGUGUUCGAAAUGCCAGCGAACGUGAUGGUUUACAACACCGAGACGAACAACCCGCAGGAGAUACAGAUUGUCGCGCCGCGCUACAUUCAGUCCCAACCGGCCGGCAAACGAUUGCGAAUGUUUUUCUUUCACACGAAGGAAACCGUCCAGCUGCCCGUGAACGAAACGAUGGUGCGUGCAAGCAACACCAUCGCGUUGGUGACGGUGCACCAUGUUAACGAGACGAGUAAGUUUGUGAUCUUCCGGCCGGUGGAUUCGUUCCUGCUGAAAAAGACGACCCUGUUCACCAAGCAGAAUGUACGGCUGGAUCAGGACGAGACACGCACUUCCACCCACAUUUACGACGCCCAGGAUGCACACCUUUCCAGCGAAGGUGCCAUGUUUUAUCGGGUGAAGGUUGCCCCCGGCGGUAACACACAUCAGUACGGAUGGUACGAACAGGCUACCAACUCAAGCACCGGUGUAACGACGAAAAAAUCCUUCGCAUCCGACGGAACGGACGUUACCGUGCGGGAGAAACGUAAGCGUGACAGAUCGGAGACGCAAGACAUCGAACGGACGAUAUGGGACAGAUCAAGACAGCUCAAAGUGGUGGAUUUAGGUGCGAUGAAGUUGGUGGAUGAAGUCGCGUCGUACUAUGGCUUUGAGCCUUACGAGCUGAACCGCUAUGGCGUUGAUAAAAAGUGGAUAUUUGAGGAGAAGCACGUACAGAAUGAAGGGGAAAAUCACUACCUUCACCUUCCAAUGGGUGCUGCCAUGAAAGCAUCCUUUACACCCAUCCAGCCGAACAAUAUGUGGAUGGUUUCAUUCUGGGUGCGCCUUAAUCCAGUGCCUAAAGUGGACGAUCAGCUGAACGUAGUGCAGGUAACGUUGCUUAACCUCGCAAACAACAGCCGACAAACAUUGAGCGGUGCAAAAGUACAGCAUGUAACGUCAAACUGGUGCUAUGUGGAAAUGACUAUCGAUACCACGAACGCAACGAAACUUCAGUUCGACAUUAGCAUCGAACCUGCCGUGUCCGGCAUGGACGUUGAUCAUGUACGGUUUUCACCAUUGGAUCUGAAUUUUCUCGCUACCAUUUACACCCCCGUUAAUGCGGAAGUGCGAGCAACACUGCGUAACAAUGGGAAGCUGAAACAAAGUCUUUACAGUCCCAAUGGAAGGAGAGUUGCAUUGCUAUCGGAGGACGGUCAGGUGAUAGAUUUUGCGAUGCAAUCGAAAACGGCCUAUGUUGCGUCGGUUAAUGCACGAAAAUGUCUUGUGGAGUUGAAGUCUGCUAGAGGUAUUUAUGAAACGUUCGACAAAAAGGAUUGGAACCCGAGUGGUGCGCAAUGGUCAAUCAAAUAUGGUGAGCUGGAAUACAAUCCGGGCAAUACCGGACAACGAGGCGAAAUAACGCGGACGUUCGAUCAACCAUUCGAUUCACUAGCGCUGCGUUUUCUGUAUAACUAUGCGUCCAACGCUGCUAAGCUUGACUUUAGCUGGAACGGGCAAGAGUUUGCCAUUAUAUGCUCCGGAGGGUCUCCUUGCAAUCGACCACCAGCAGCAGGAGAAGUACUUAUAUUUAUUACCGAGCAACGCAUCUCCCUGUGGUUGGAAGGCCAUUUACUAAGAGAAAUACGCUUACGGCCGAAUCCGAGUGCCUCGAAGCGGAAAGAAUUCCGGUUACUUCCAACGGGAUCCUUUGGGAUCUCCGAGUUCCUCGUAAUGUACGAUGCACGCGUGAAAGUUACCUAUUACAAUCGAAUGGGACGCCCCGUGCAGUUUGUCGUAUAUGACGAUCCCAGCACGGUACGAGUUCGUGAGCUGAUGUACGAUGAAAUUGAUCGUCCGAUCAUGCAAACCAAGUGGACCAAGCUGACGUGCCAUACUAAGGAUUACUUUGCAUUCUAUGAAAAUUUCAUCACUCAAGUUCACGGCACUAGUCACGUGAUGACCGGUAUGGUUGCACACUCCCAUCCAUCCUGCGAAGGCUUUCCUUAUUCGCGCACGAUAUACGCUAACGAUCCAACUGAAAACAAACAGUUCCAGGGGCUGCCAGGCAAGGAUUAUAACGUAUUGGGCAAGUACAAACGUCGUUAUGCUAUGCGCUCGGAGAUAGCGAUACUGAAGAACAUAUUUCCCGAAGCGCAGGGCUAUCGACAGAAGAUCGUGGAACGGCCGGGUGGUGCCAUUCGCGCCACGGUUGAAGAUAGUCAGGGAAACAAAGUGGCCAAGUACUGGCAGGUGGGUAACUACGAGCAUCGACUAACGACUUACAUCUAUUCCGAUACUUAUGGGCAUUUGGUUGAGAUGCUUCCGCCCCAAUAUCAUGCGCUGGCUAAAACGACCUCCAGGACGAGACCGUUCCUGACGGGGGGAAACACCAUGGAAGAAAUUCAACUUAAAAACCAGUGGCGUGUGUCGUACUCUUACGAGGAUGGGAACAUCAUUGACAAGCGUACCACAGACGGUGGUACCUUUGAAUACGUUUACACGGAGUCGGGAAUUCUGCGCUUUUCACUACAUUACAACUCGCCGGAAAGGGAGAACUUGGACCGUGUAGUUCAUUUUACGUAUUCGUCUCACGGCAAGAUAUUGCGAGAGGCGUUGGUGAACUUGACACGCGCGCAGUGUUUCCAGUCGGUCGAAACGAACGAAGUUCCCGUGUCAGAUGAUUUGAUAGAAUCGUUUUAUGGCGAAAUCGAAACGAAUCCAGAUGUGCGCUAUAGAUCACAACAAUCUACCAGGAAGAUUGGCAACAAUCAGAUGAUGGAGAGUUUAAUUUUCAACGAGCACGAGAAGGUCAUCAAAAAAGUGUUUGUCGUUCCAACGAUCAACAGUACGUACUCGAUCGACUACGCGUAUGAGAAUGAGCAAUUGCAUUCCUUACAGUAUCCGAUGAAUUCAACGGCAUCGUUUACGUUGUUGUACGAUUACAACGGAAAUGGCGAGGUAAAGUCUAUCCGCGACCAAACAAAACGAGAUCCUAUGUUCGAAUUUACGUACAAUGCGGAUGGUAUGGUAGAGACGAUGAAGGUGCGCACAGACGCGAAGCAUAUGUUCCAGAGGAACUUUACCUACAACGAGCCAGGCUUUCUAGUGCAGCUCGAGGAUGAUUAUUUGUCGGAAAGCGUUAGCUAUCUGGAAACUGAUUCCUAUGGGCAGGAUUCCUACACGCCCAUCUAUGAGGGUCUCAUAUCGAAGACCAUGUUCACUGCUCACUGGCAAAAGUCGGCCAGUCCGCUGCGCAACGGCAUCUAUCCGGAGUAUUUCAUCUCGUCUACCAUGGACCGCACACGGGCAGCGUUCUGCAAUGAAGUGCUGCGGCGCGCGGGAUACAUUGACGAAAACAACCUUGUGAAUAGGACGUUCUACGGUGAGCAGGUCGACGAUCUACCGCUUGUGUGUGGAAAACGCAUUGCGAUGAGACAUUUGUCAGCGGUGUUGAGCAGCAAAAGCUUCCCCUACCAGUAUGGCCAUCGAUAUGACUACGACGAUCAUGAUCAGUUGAUUAAGGGCAAAUAUUUCCAUGGGCAGGACGAGUUGGCACUGUCUCCGCUGACACAUCGCUCAUUCUCGAAAGCGAUAAAGGGAGUUGAUGAAGCGACAUCGAAAAAGAUUUGGGAUAUAUUGCACACAAAAUCGUACCUCACGAUGGACUGUACCAAUCCCAAUCUGUGUCACGGGCGCGAAGGGACCAAGUCCAUUUUUAGCGAUUUCAUUCGGCAGCAUCGCUACAGUCAGCACUUGAAGACCAUGCUAUCGAAGGCGAUAUCCGCACGGAAGGGGCUGAAUAAGAGCGAGUUCGAGCAGAAAUGUGCUCGGUGGAUCGAGGGAUCGAAUAUGAUAGCGAAGGUGUGCACACAGCUCCAGCAGUCAUUAGCCAACGAAAAGAUUAUAGGAGAUAGCGAUAAACACCCUCUAGCGGCACUGCAUACAGAGUUCCAAGAUGCCUUGAAACGAUAUAAGAACCAAAUCCCAGACAUUGUUGGUGUGCUCCAUCUUCAUUUCGCGACAGCCCUGGGACGUUCGGCCGCAGACGUGCAAUCGUACGAAAUCGAUGCAAACGGGAAUCAUCGGAAGUUUUACACGGGAUUCGCUCGGUAUCGGUUGGAUUACCGCCCAGGAACGAACAAGAUCACCAAAGUAUUCCGACAACGGUUUGAUCGGGUGCAGCGCACUGAAGAGCAGUUCACCGUGGAGCACGACAGUGAUGGCGCUGUCAUCAAGGCGGAACACAAAGGAAUUAAGCGCAUGGAGUACGACAAGCUGUUGCAACGUGUCAGUAAAAUAGAGAUGAUGGACGAACGGAAGUUGUUGUACCAGUACGAUGUGCGCGGAGAGCGAACCUUCAAGCAGGUGCUGGAUAAAGAUGGGAAGGUUACGAGUGAAAAGUAUUACAUCCGUGAUGCGAAUGGAUUGGUGCUGAUGGACAUGGAUAUGGCGUAUCUGGCGAAGGAUCAACCACCGGACGUUCGGGUGACGAGUUACAUCUACAAGGACCAGCAGCUGAUUGGGUUCCUGCGCAAUGAUAGGCUGUACGGAGUGAUAACGGAUCACGAAGGAUCGGUUCGGUUGGUGGUGACUGGUGGCGAAGUUGUUGCGGCUUACGAUUACCUUCCCUACGGACAGAUAUUCCGACGCUUCGGCACCGAUCUUGAUGGGCAGAUUUCGUAUCUGUACACGGGGCAGGAGUGGGAACCGGAGACGGGUCUGUAUAACUAUCGCGCUCGACUGUACGAUCCCGACAUCGGCAGGUUCUAUCAGAUGGAUCCGAAGGAGCAGUAUCCGAGCCCGUACGUGUAUGCCGGGAAUUCGCCUGUAUCCUUGGUAGAUCCGGAUGGUGAAUUUGCUUUUGCAUUGGCUGUACUUAUCUUAGCACUGGUUGGUGCUUACCUGGGCGCGGCAUCUGCAAACAAUUGCUGGAAUCCUCUGAAAUGGGACUGGAGAUCUUCAUCAACCUGGAUAGGGCUAUUGACGGGGGCUGUAACAGGAGCCUCCAUACCGUUCAACAUGGCCAGUUCGGUGGCGUUUUUCGUCGGCAUGGGAUUAUCAUUGAGCACCUCGAUUGCUAUCAUGGUCGGCACGGGUAUAACCUUUGCAUACUUUAUGAUGGCGGCUAGCAGUGGCACCUGGGAUCCUACCAAGUUCGAUUACUCCAGCCCUGGCACCUGGAAUGCGCUAAUGAAUGGAGUUGCAACGUCGUCUUGGAUUCUGAUGAAUCCUUCCUCCCUCAUCAGUUCCUUUGUGUCGCUCACCUCGGUCGCAGCGAAGGCACUCUUUUUUGUCGCCAAACUUACAAUGAGCCUCGGGUUCACGUAUCUGUUUGCGGCUCUUGGCCAGGGUGGCGAGUUUGACGUAACGAAAUGGGACUUUUCAGAUCCACAACUGUACAUGAGCAUCGUCGAUGGGUUUACCACAGCCACGGUGGGUGUUUUAUUUCUUCGCAAUGUGCCCAACCAGAUAAGCAAGUGGACUGGUAAGGUUAAACGGACGGUCGAUGUUAUAGUGGGUAACCUUAUUACCUUCCGCGCCCAGCUAGCACUGGGACGUGAUUGGUCCAGACUGAUUAUGCAGUCUAAAAAUUUCAUGUCCGUAAGUUUCCGUAGUGUGCAGAGCUUGCAGAAGGGAUUUUUGACUGUUGGAUUCUACGCAGUGGUUGUUUCGUUACGCCUGUCAGAGGUACCGAACAGCGACAUUCCUGCGUUUACCGCAGCGGAAGCAACCGUCAAUGUGCUCUUUAAUGCUGAACAAUUUUCUGAUUUUGUUGUAAAACCUUUAUCGCGGCAGAUGAAACUACCCAAACUACCGGCCCGAUUCAUUCGCUUUCGCAUUCGAUCAGAAGCAAUAAGUAUUGGCAAUGAUUCGUACCUUCAUACGCAGCAACAUAUGCAUCGUUCUUCCGCAUCACUACUGCAAACCACAUUUAACACAUUGAUCAAUCUGCCAUUCGAAUGGUUAUUUAGUGGAAAAGUGGCUGAAGAAAACAGUAACACAAAUACGAUCACCUCUAUGGUCACGUUUACACCGCAGCAAAUGCCCCGCACUGGUCACAUCUUGCGAAAUUGUUAUAAAAUGGGAAGUGAACAGCAUCCCGGUGGUAUGAUCUCUUGUUACGGGCAUAGUAGCAUUUUGACAAUUGUUCCGAAAUUUCAUGAUGCCAAGAUUGCGGAACAGGACCACUACAACCACUGUAUGCCGCUGACGUAUGGCGGCCAUCCUUCGGUGUCGUGCCAAGGUGAGUGGUCAUCGUUGGUCUACACAGCAAAGGACUCUGCAAGGGUGUUUGAUUUUGUCGAUGGAUGGUUAAUGCUGGCACAGGUUGCUCCUUCCGCAUACAAGGAAAUUAAGCGUGGCAUUAAAUAUCUGUUUUCACGCCCCGAACGUAGCACACAAUAUUCGAAUAAGGAUCGUGUGGAAAAUGAAAGGAAAAUGCUUCUAAGUAAGUUGAAUGAUUUAAAAUCUCAAAUUCAUCCCACCAUACGUUCACAGCAUUAUUGGGCUCAGUGGAUGGUCGAAGAUCUGACCGAGGAUGUGGAGUCAUAUUUGACAAAAGGACAAGGCUCAUUCAACAUGUUGGAGGACAGAAUUAACACUCUAGCGGCAGAAAUUAAAGAGGAUAUCCUAAUGCAACAGUUGCAAAGCACAUUUAAGUUACAAGAAGCAAACGAAAUUCCGCGUCCAUAUGAUGAAAACUUGAACGUUAAAAUGGGCAAUCUACAAAUAGGCCAAUAUUUAGAUCGUUUUGUGCAACGUCCCUUGAGAAGUUUGAAUCAGAUGAGUGAUAUGAUUUACGGUGCAUUAAAUUGAACUUUUAAAAUUCGUUAUCACACCUUUAUUAAACUAUAUAUUACUGAAUAAACAAAUUGUGCUUAAUG